GCUGGGGGAAGGGGGGUAUAAGAGGACUAAAUGAUAAUGGAAAAAUAUAAUAAAGAUUAUAUAUUUAAAAAAUAACACUGGAAGAAGGUACAGUAACACUCUUGAUUUUGGGCUGUGAUUAUGGAGAUAAACUUCCCCUUGCUUUAUAAUGGAGAUAUGUAAGAUGGGGAGGGUCAAUCUUGGAGAAAGGGAAACCAGGCACACAGUAUUGUUGUUAAGAACUCAGGCCUUAGAAUUAAAUAGACUUUGGUUUGAAUACAAACUUUACCACUUACAGCUGUCAUUAUUACGGUAUGUGUCCUUCACACCUGGGCCCUAUGCCACCUUUCUGCUCUCAUUUCCCUUCUCAUUGUAUACUCUCCCCCCUACCACCCAACACAUAUUUUAACCAGAUGGGAUUACCUGGGAGUUUGUUAGAGAUACAACUUACAACUUUUGGCCCCAUCCCAGACCUAAUUAUUAGAAUUUGUACUUUACGAAGUGCACUUUUAUGCUUAAGAAGUGCUUUGAUUCCUAGAAGAAACUAUAUCACAGUUGACUGAGUCUAUGAUAUGACUCUGGAAAAGUAUGAUAUGCUUUGCAAUAUGAAGUAUUCUUUGAGUUAUUCCCAUUUAAAUUCUGUCUAAAAUAAGAGGUCCGUGAGCAAGUAGUCUCUUCAGUCCCUUCAUUUCCAACUCUUUGAAAUGUAUCCCGCUUCUUUCUCAGGAUUUCCUGUGAGUCUCCUGAAUCCAGAGAAAGCCUCCUCACCAGGGAGGAGUUUAAGCAGACUCAGUCAAAUGCCUUCUAUGUAUAAUGAAAGAUAGUGUUAGGUAUGGGAUGGGGCAUAGAAAUUCCAAGACUAUCUGGCUCUCAGGGACCUUUUCAUUUAGUUGAAAAGACACAAACAGAGUAAAACAAUUUUAUGUCUUAUAUCUGGGUAGACUUUCUGAGCCUUUGCAAUAAUUCUGUGAUGUUGGCAGGAAGGGACUACUGGCUUUUUUUUUUUCUUCUUCUUCGAAGUCAGAUCCAAAGGUAUUAAGAGAUGUAUCAAUGUCACGUGGCUGUUAAAGAGCUAGAAUAUGUAUUCAUGUUUUCCAGCUCCAUGUCCAGAUUUUUUUUCUUUUUAAAAAUAUUGUGGUACACUGUACCCUUGAAUACCAAAUUAAUUUAAAAUAAAGGAAAAGGAGUAUAGGACUGCAAGAGUAAUUGUGGUGGUUAAGAGGAGAGAAAUCAUUUGACUGAAAGAGUCUGGUGAGGCUCCAGUGAAGAAAGGAUUUAGCAGGCCUUUGAAUGAUGAGCAGAAUUUAUCUGGAUAGACAAUGCCAGAGGAACUAGAGGGAGAAGAGCAUGAAGUCUGUUCAAAGAAUAAUGAUUAGACGAGUGUUCUUAGGCUAUUUGGAAUCUGAUUGUUCCAAUCCAACGGAAUGAAACAUCUGGACUUCCUAGGUGUGGGGAUUAUUGUUUAGGGUAGAGGAACCACAUGGCUUCCCUCCUUUGCAGGGCGACAGGGAGACAUGCUGUGGACACCUAACUCACAGUAGCUAAAAGUGGGCAUUUCUGGGCUGGGCCGUAUCUAACAGACUACCACAUUUACUUUUUAAAGGCAUCCUAUGGCUGUUUGGGAUAGUUGAAAGCAGCAUCUCUCCCCUUAGGGAAAUGUGGGUAGAUGGUAUGCACUAUUUUUCACAGAAAACUAGUGAACUUCAAAAAGUGGUUGAGCUCAAGAUCAGUGAGAAGUGUGAGCAUAAAAGCAGGAAACAAAACCUGGAAGAUUAUAAAGGAGAUUCUUCAUUGGCCUGGAAGAUCUGGAUUGGUUUAGACCUGGAAGGAAGUGGUAGUUUAUUAGGAGUAAAAUCAUCAUCAUCAUCAUCAUCAUCAUCAUCAUCCCCAUCUAGGAGGGAUCUGCCAGCCCUCUCACUAGGACCUGAAUCUAUCCGCUGGGCCUACCUUGGUGACGUGGCCCCGCCUCUGUGACGUGGCCCUGCCUCUAUGAUGUGGCCCAGCCAGCCUCAGUGCUAGCUCAUUCCUCGUUAGGUGAAUCCCCAAAUCAGUAGCACUGCGGAGGCAGAAGGCAGAGAGGGGCCAUGGCUGAGGUGGCCAAGGCCUUGGCUGAGGCGACCGAGCCAAGUGGCGAAUCCCAAGGUGCUGAAGUUAAAACCAAGCAACCCACUGAAAAAAUCUUCAGGGCACCACUGAAGCAGGACUCGCGCUUCUCGCUUAGAGUGUCCGAGGUGUUGCUCAGAGCCAUCACCUCCAUCACCUCGCACAAGGGGCUGCCUCUGGCCACUCUCAAGAAGGAGCUGGGACAAGCUGGCUACCAAAUGCGCAGGAAGUGGUGCCGCCGCUCUGGCGAAGUGCCCAAGUCUGAUUUUAAGGGCACACUCAUGAGGAUCAGCAGCAGCAACGGCUCUGGCUAUUUCAGGGUCUGGAAGAUUCCGAAGCCCAAGAGAAAGCCAGGACGCCCGCGGUUGGAGGAGGGCACCGGGUCCCCAAGGAGGACCCCUGUGGGGCCGCGGGUCCCACGGAAGCGCCGUGUGCGUCGCAUGGCAGCCAAGAAGGCCAGGCAAGAAUGGAGACGGAAUGCAAGGGCAGAGACUGCCUUGAAGAAGUCAAGGCCAAGACCCAAGAACCCGGGGCGUUCCAGAGCCAAGGAGGAAAGGAGGACCAAGGUGACUGCCGGAGGGAAAGGACAGACCACGAAGGAAGACAAGCCUAGGACACGAGACAACAAGAGGCCAAGGGAAGAGAAGACGCAGGACUCCGAGAAGCCGGUAAAACGGACCAUCCAGAGGUCACCUUCAGUUAAAACUAUCUCAAGGGCUGCUCGCACGAAGACUUCCACUAAACCUGAAAGCCCUCGGAAUGCAGCUGGGAAUCCUUAGUGUGGGAGCAACUUCCCCUCCUCCGGGCAUAGAUGCCCUUCCUCAUAUGACUUCAAUUAGAGCCGCUCUCACACUCAUUGAAACGGACAAGCUAUUCACAAGACCUUUCAAAUCACCACAAUUGUGUCUGUUUUCUCUUUGUCCACUUGGGGAAGGCCGUGGGGGAGGGAUUGUUGAGGGGAAGCCCUGUAGCAGGGUCCUGUGGGGUGAAAAGAGAAAAAGGAGUCGAGAUUCUGUUCUUGCUACAGGACCCAGGAAAAUGCCUUUCAGAAGAAAGCAGAAGGAAAAAAAGCAAUUUCGAGGGAUUAGGCAGAAGCAUUGAAUUAAUGUCACAUACCCUAGCAAAUCCAAAUUCUGUUUGGGGGAGAGGGCGUGUAAGGUGAGAAGUAGGGGCAUCAUUGGGGCAAGAGAAGAUUAGACUGCCUUUGAGUGGCCCCACGGACCCAAAGUAUUCUUACCUAAAUUCCUUUCAGGAAAAAGUUCCUUCUCCCAGAAUUGACUGUAAUGCCUUUCUAGUUUUUGCCCUGACUUGAUAAUUUUGAAAAUGAUGUAUAUGUUAAUCCUCAGUUAAAUGAGAGUGUGUAAAGAAGAAUCUAGCACAGGGUUUGGCCUGAGUUAGAGGUGCUCAUCACUGAGACUUAAAUGAGUGUAAAUAACUCCCGAUAGAGUGAUGAUGUGCUGUAGCAGCAAACUACUGGAUCAGCAGUUAAUGGGACAAGGAUUCUAACAGAAGUUCUGCCACUCUGAACUUGGCUGAAUUAUCAUUUAACUAUUCAUGGUCUUGGUUUCCUUCUCUGUAAAGUAUUAGGAUUGGACUAGGAUGAUUUUUUAUUUUAAGUGUCAGUAAAAUAAUAAGAGGGAUUUAAACAUUACACAUACUUUGAUUGACAAAAUUCAAUAAGGGAAUUUUUGACUGGGAAAGUGCCAACUCCUAAACUACUAAGAGUUACAAAAUGUAUAACAAAUAUAAGGAGAUGGGGGGAGGUUAGGUAACGAAUAGCUAGUUCUUUUGCUUAAUAAACAACAUGCACUGAGCACUAUAUAUCAAGCAUGAAGUAGAUGUAUGAUUCCUUUUAGUUCUGAGUACAGGAGUUCAGAACGGCCUGGGAGUCGUUCUCCUGCCAUAGGCCAUGACAGUGCAUGGCAAUGAUCCCGGGGAGGGAAAGAGCAGAGUAGCUGAUUCGGGGAAACAACUUGCUGUUUGCAGCUGAAGCCAAAGGCGUGGGGAAAAGGGAAGAACAUGGGAGGAGCUUCCCCCCUACCCCCACCCCAGGAUAUGUUUUUACUGGUUUUUUUAGAAGUGGGGGGAGAAAACAUCAAUGUGAGAGAGAGACAUUGAUCAGCUGCCUCCCAUUUGUGCCCUGACCAGGGAUCGAACCCACAACCUAUGUGUGUGCCUUGACUGGGGAUGAACCUGCAACCUUUGGUGUAUAGGACGAUGUUCCUGAGCCAUCAAGGCAGGGCCGGGGUGGGGUGCUUUAUAUUUUUGAAAAGAGAGUGAUUGUGGGAGGCGGGAAAGUGUUAAACACACGUGGAGAGCUUUUGCAGAGUAUGCCUGACUAAGCUUUUCCCAGGAAAGGCAUAUCUUCUAUAAGGAUGAACUGAGCAUGUGUAUUUAAAACAACAAAAAAAGCUGAAGUGAUGCUAAUAUUCACCCUCUCAUAACCUUAAAUAAGAAUCACUGCUUUAAGCCUUUGAAAAGCUGAGUAAUAACAAAAUGCUUACAGUGUAUCUCAUCCAUAGACUAUUUGAACUGGAAAAUUUCCCCUGCUGUAAUUAGGUUCAUCAUGCUCUUAUGUUGUCUGAGUGGCAGGAUGGAGCAAGCAGAAUCAGAAUCAGAAUAGGGAGCCAUCUAAAGAGGUUAGGAAGUACAAGUCGGUAGUUACAAAACAGUCACAGGGGUGUGGAGAACAGUGCAGGGAAUCUAGUCAAUAAUAUUGUAAUAGCUACACAGGGUGCCAGGUCAGUACUAGAUUUAUGGGGGGACCACGUCAUAAAUUAUAUGACUAACAACUAUGCUACAUACCUAAGACUAUUAUGAUAUUGAAUGUCAACUGUAAUUGAGAUAUAAAAAUUGAAAAGAACAGGGAGCCAUCUGAAAAGAGGCAGUGAGAAACAGAACAAAAUCAAAUGCCCUCAUGACAGCCACAUGAAUUGCCCCUUCAAAGUGCUGGAGGCUUUUACCUAAGGAACCAGAUGGUCUACAAUUAGCAACCUUUUGCUCUAAGAUAGGAUGGAAAGAACACUGGCAACAACUUGUUUUUCUAGAUUUCCUAAGAAUCACCACACUUGUUUGUAUUAUGAUUUCUUCAUUUAAGCAAACUUUGUUCACUAGUAAACUUACCAAAUUUAUUGUCAGACCCUGACCCAUUGUAGCUAACAAUGGUCACUUCAGAUUAUUUUUCAUUAAUAAGCUUUAGGGUGGCUGUACUUUUAUAAAAUAGAAGAAAUGACCUGCACUGAUUGGCACGCUACCCAGAUUAUGUAGACCAUAAUCCUAGCUGGGUACUUCUAUGAAAGAAUUCCUGAGAACAGCUAAUCUUAUCACUAGUGUUCAUGAUGACUAAGUGCCUUCCCUUUGCUGGGAAUAAAGAUGGGGAAAACACAAUUCCCGCUUUUCAUCACUCACAUCCUAAUGGCAUAUUUGGGUAUUUAACUUUAGUCAGAGCAAAUGGAACAUCCGUGACCUCCAUUCUCUGCUUCCCUUUUUCUCAACUGCCUAGUAUACAAUGAUGAUCAGAAAAUCGUUGGAAGUUAAACUUAUAAUGAACUUUGGAUGCUCUCUAGCAUCAAAUAUUCAAUGGUUGUUUUAGAAAUCAACAGAAAUACAAGUGGUCUUUAAAAAUAUGAAAAAGGUACAAUUUUACUCAUGAGAAAUGCACAUAAAAUGAUAAGGUGACAUUUUAAUCAGUCCACAAUGUUUGAGAACCUACCCCACUGGUGAGGCUGUGGGGGAAGCAGGCGCUCACACACCAGGUUAGUGGGAGUGGAGCGCUCUGCCACCCCACAGAAGGAAGCUGGCUUGCCAGACUGCGAGUGCAGAUAUCCUUUGACACUGCAAAACCACACUUAAGAAUUUAUCUUUUAGGCGUUAAUGCAUUCGUGAAAAGACUCAUAUUCAAUGUAUUUAGGGCCGCAUUCCAGUAACCAAAAAAAAUGGAGAUAAGCUGAAUAUCAUGAGGAGAUUGGUUAAAGUGUGAAGCUUCCUUCUGGUGAAAUAGCAUGCAGCUGUAAAAAGGGGAGAUUCUCUACGUAUUGUAAUGACAAGCUCCCCAAGAUACAUUUAAGUAAAAAAAAAUCAAGACACAUAUACCAAUGCAUCUCUUUGUAUAAACAAACUCUGGAAGGAUAUGCAAAAAAUUGGUUCUCUAUCAUCAGGGUAAGGUGAUCAGAAUUGUAGAGAAGAUAGAGGAAUAAGACUCUUUACCAUAUCUUUUUUGUGUUUUCCGAAUCCUAUACAUUGUGGCUUGCUGAAAAAUAAGGUAGAAAUUUUCACAUAAUUGUCAAUUACAGCUUUUUCAUUUCUAAGGUGGUUGGUACUUUUGCCUGCAUAGUUUCAUUUCACCUUCACCUCAGUCUCUUAGGUCCUAAGUGAAAAAGCUGAUGUUUAGAAUAUGUACAAUUUAGAAAUUGAUUUUUAACUGCACUCCCAGUGCUCUCUUCACCACAGCUAUAGAUGGUGAACACGGCCUCACCAUCUACUCUAACUCUACAAGGCAUCUUUGUUAUGUAGGUAAAGGUCAGAAGUUUAGAAUUUAUUUCUACACUGAAUAUUUUAAUGAUUUAGUGGUUUUGUGUAGGGGAGGAUGUUUUGAAACACACAGGAGGGGGCUGUUUUCAAACAUGUGAACAUUUCCAUUUGUCAAUAUUCUCAAAACAAUAGAGCUCUCCCCUUCUUUCUCCUCCUCUGGGGAAUUCUAACAUGGCCAGGCUAUCUGGUUGGGCUGGUGGUCACUCCAGCCAAAACCUGAGCACCUAGCAAAGACAGGAAGACGAGUUGUUUAGGAAAUUAAUAUGGGGGCACCAUGUCAGGAAAGGACUUGGAAGAGAGAAACUGAAGACUGAGGUGGCAGGGCGGGUGUGGGGUGGGGGAGGAGGGUCAGCAAGAGGCCUUGACUGAGCCUGGGAAAGGCAGUGGGAAGAGGAAGUCAGGCUUUCCACAGUCCACUGGAGUUGCCUGAGAGCACAGGCACCUCCAUGAACUAUCACAGCUGUGUCUCUCCUCCCCCUUUUAUCAAUUCCUGCCUUCCUCCCCCUUUUAGUUAGGGGAAAGACCAGGCUGGUCAAAUUUUACUCUAGGUGACUAGUGGGGGUGAGUGUGAACUGCAAGAAAGCAGGAAAGCAUAAGAAGUGCAGAGACAGGCGACAAAACAGUCUGGCUGGUGCUGGGAAAGCUGCAGAGGCCAAGCAACCUCCAAGCAGUAGGCUCAAAGCUCGGCAAGGCGACUCCCGUGGAGGAAAAACAAAGCCUUUGGGCUGUGCUCAAGGCCUGCAAAGUGGUUCCCUCUCCUUGUCCCCGCGAAGCCCCAGAGCUGGAAGGCCAUGCCAGUGGGUCAGAGGCUGGUGGUUUCCCCAUGCCAGCUGUCCAUGUUUUCUCCCACACAAUUUCUUAUUCUAUAUGCUUGAUAACCUGCCAGAUGCCCAACCUCUUCACCUUCCAAAGUGAAUGUGUCUGAUGGACCCAGGUCCUGCCGAACCCCAUCUGUGUGCACCUCUGCCGGCUCCCCGCAAAUCACCAAUUAUUGUGAAUUUGCUUAGGGGAUCAAUUUGCAGUCACUACCACCACCUCAGGCUCCAGACUCAGCAGUCUAAAUGUCUAAGUGUUUAUGUUUCAGGAGGGGCAGUGAGGGGGCUCACACAUGGCUGCACGACUUCCCCCAGAGCUGUCUCAUGUCCCCACUCUGUUGCAGCCUUUUUUUUACCAGGAUUGAAGAGCUGAGAAUGGGGGGUACAAUAAAGGACCAAGAGAGGAAAUCAGUGACACAGCCAAUACAUCCUUUAUUUAACGGACAGGGACCAUAAAGAGUGUAUUACAGAUCCCUAAGGGUACAGACAAAGGUACCCCGUAGGGUAUCCUGUGGGAAGUUCAAGUCCAUCAGAGGGAAAUAAGUUAGACAAUUGCUAGAAACCUGGCAGGCACAGAACAGUUGGGCGGGAUGGCAAGUGGACAUACUAUACCCCCCCUCCCCACAGCUUCCUGGAAAAGAGCACCUUGGCGCAGUGUCAGGAGGCAUGGCAGGAAAGCAGUGGCAGGGAGGGCUAGGCUGAGGGACAUGCUGAGUAUAGGAACCGUGGUCACAAUUUCCCAGGCUUGGAACAGCCAGUGCCUGGCACAUAGUUAGUCCUCAAAAAAUGGCUUGUAGAAUUGGGACUAGUUUUCAGGAGCCACAAGAGGCAGGAAAGGACUGAAUAUAUCAAAAUAGUGAUAAAUAGCCACUUUGGAAGUUACAUCAAGGGAAGAGGAGCCUGUAGGGAAUGAAGUAAAGGGCCUGAAUAGGACAAUACCAGCAGCCAUGGCCAAGUCCGGAUGAGAGAGAGAGAGAGAGAGAGAGAGAGAGAGAGAGAGAAUGAGAGAGAGAGAGAGAGAGA